GUCACUCCGCACCGGCGCGGUGGCUGCGGGGCGGGCAGGAGCCGGCACAGCCACCCAGCGCCGCCCGCUCGCGCCGCCCUCGCCGCCCCCCGCGCCCGCCGGGGCGGGACCCUCUGCGGGGGAUGCCGGCCGCGCCCCGCGCCCCCAGCCCCGGGCAGCCCCCUGCGCGCGGGGACCCCGGGCGGCCGCGGCCGGGCGCGCCGAGCUGGUGCUGAAGGGACAGCUCCCGGCCCAGCCCCGCGCGCCCAGCCCGGGCGGUGCCUGGUCCCCGAGGCGAGGUCGGGCCGGGAGGCCGGGCAUGCCCGGCGGGUGAGGCGCCCCCGCCCGCAGCCGCGUUCAUGGCGGUGGCCAGGAAGAUCAAAACUUUGCUGACGGUCAACAUCCUGGUGUUCGUGGGCAUCGUGCUGUUCUCCGUGUACUGCCGCCUGCAGGGCCGCCCCCGGGAGCUCGUGCGCAUCGUGGGCGCCGCCGACCGCCGGGUGCGCAGCCGGCACGCCAAGGUGGGCGCGCUGGGGGAGCGCGAGGCCAUCCUGCAGCGCCUGGACCACCUGGAGGAGGUGGUCUACAACCAGCUCAACGGCCUCGCCAAGCCCAUCGGCCUGGUGGAGGGGCCAGGGGGCCUGGGUCAGGGCGGCUUGGCAGCCACCCUGCGUGACGAUGGCCAGGAGGCGGAGGGCAGCUACGAGGAGUACGGAUACAACGCCCAGCUCAGCGACCGCAUCUCCCUGGACCGGAGCAUCCCUGACUACCGGCCCAGAAAGUGCCGACAGAUGACCUACGCCCGGGACCUGCCCCAGGUCUCCGUGGUCUUCAUAUUCGUCAAUGAGGCGCUGUCAGUCAUCCUGCGCUCCGUGCACAGCGUGGUCAACCACACGCCCUCCCAGCUGCUCAAGGAGAUCAUCCUGGUGGAUGACAACAGUGACAACGUGGAGCUCAAGUUCAAUCUGGACCAGUACGUCAACAAGCGGUACCCGGGCCUCGUGAAGAUCGUCCGAAACAGCCGGAGGGAAGGGCUGAUCCGCGCCCGGCUGCAGGGCUGGAAGGCGGCCACCGCCCCAGUCGUCGGCUUCUUCGAUGCCCACGUUGAGUUCAACACAGGCUGGGCGGAGCCCGCGCUGUCGCGCAUCCGGGAGGACCGGCGCCGCAUCGUGCUGCCGGCCAUCGACAACAUCAAGUACAGCACGUUCGAGGUGCAGCAGUACGCCAACGCCGCGCACGGCUACAACUGGGGCCUCUGGUGCAUGUACAUCAUCCCCCCGCAGGACUGGCUGGAUCGCGGCGACGAGUCGGCGCCCAUCAGGACCCCGGCCAUGAUCGGCUGCUCCUUUGUUGUGGACCGUGAAUACUUCGGGGACAUCGGGCUGCUGGACCCCGGCAUGGAGGUGUACGGCGGUGAGAACGUGGAGCUGGGCAUGAGGGUGUGGCAGUGUGGCGGCAGCAUGGAGGUCCUGCCCUGCUCGCGCGUGGCCCACAUCGAGCGCACCAGGAAGCCCUACAACAACGACAUCGACUACUAUGCCAAGCGCAACGCCCUGCGUGCGGCCGAGGUGUGGAUGGACGACUUCAAGUCCCACGUGUACAUGGCCUGGAACAUCCCCAUGACGAACCCAGGGGUGGACUUUGGGGACGUGUCCGAGAGGCUGGCCCUGCGCCAGAAGCUGAAGUGUCGCAGCUUCAAGUGGUACCUGGAGAACGUGUACCCGGAGAUGAGGACCUACAACAACACGCUCACGUACGGAGAGGUGAGAAACAGCAAAGCCAGCGGCUACUGCUUGGACCAGGGAGCGGAGGAUGAUGACCGAGCGAUCCUCUACCCCUGCCACGGGAUGUCCUCCCAGCUGGUGCGGUACAGCGCUGACGGCUUGCUGCAGCUGGGGCCUCUGGGCUCCACGGCCUUCCUGCCCGACUCCAAGUGUCUGGUGGAUGACGGCAGGGGCCGCACGCCCACCCUGAAGAAGUGCGAGGACGUGGCGCGGCCAGCACAGCGGCUGUGGGACUUCACCCAGAGCGGCCCCAUUGUGAGCCGGGCCACAGGCCGCUGCCUGGAGGUGGAGAUGUCCAAAGACGCCAACUUUGGGCUCCGGCUGGUGGUGCAGAGGUGCUCGGGGCAGAAGUGGAUGAUCAGAAACUGGAUCAAACACACGCGGCACUGACCCCGCCUCUGCCUGGGCCUGCACAGGCCUCGGGAAGGCGCUGGGCUGAGCCCAGCAUACAUGGCAGGGCUCCAGGUGUGGCCAGGAC